AGAUUGCUGGGAUGGGCUCCAGCGCUCACAUGACGCGGCUCAGAUAAUAGAUUGAUGAAUGGCUUUUGAUAAAGGCAAUAACAUGUCACAUAGCCUAUCUGGCGCCUCACAGAUGAACUCUCUGUACUGCACUGACGUAACAUCCUCAAUUUGCGUUUACGCACCUUGAGGCAACAUCAAUGUUUAACAGUCCGGAGGUCAACGAAUCCGACUUGACGUUCUCCGUCACUCGCCUCUAACUGCAGUACAAACCACCACGGAAUAUUUUUAUAGCUCUGAAAACUUCAAAAGCUAACAAUGAAUUUUUUUCUGGAAACCAUACAAGUCAUCCUUUUAUCCAUCUGGUACAAUCUGGAAUCCUUCAUUCACUGCUUCAUAGCCAAGAAGAGGAAGAACAUAUCUGGUGAGAUAGUUCUAAUCACAGGGGCGGGCAGUGGAAUUGGCCGUCUUAUGGCACAACAGUUUGCAACUCUGAAAACUAUUGUGGUAAUGUGGGACAUAAACCAGGAAGGCAUGAAGGAAACUGCAACAUUGGCUAAGGAGAAUGGAGCCAUUCGAGUUCACUACUAUCUUUGUGACUGUAGUGACAAAAAUGAUGUUUACAGAGUAGCUGACCAGGUAAAGCGGGAGGUGGGUGAUGUCAGCAUUUUAGUUAAUAAUGCUGGCAUUGUCACUGGAAAAAAGUUUAUGGACACUCCUGAUGCCCUAAUUGAAAAGACAAUGGAGGUCAACACAAUGGCACACUUCUGGACCUAUAAGGCCUUCCUACCUGCCAUGAUCGCAAAUAAUCAUGGCCAUCUGGUCAGCAUUGCCAGCUCUGCAGGACUCAUCGGAGUCAAUGGAUUGGCAGACUACUGUGCCAGCAAGUUUGCAGCAGUAGGUUUUGCAGAAUCAGUGGGUUUGGAACUCCUGGUGAGUGGAAAAGAUGGCGUCAAGACCACCAUUGUUUGCCCAUACUUCAUUAAUACUGGAAUGUUCGAUGGAUGUCAAACUAAAUGGCCAAGACUGCUCCCAAUCCUUGAUCCAGGUUAUGUUGCCAAGAAGAUUACCGAGGCUAUCCUUACAGACCAAGUGUUUCUUCUGAUCCCAAAGAACAUAUACAUAAUUGCUGCCCUUAAGAAUAUACUUCCGAUGAAGCAGGGUAUUCUGCUCGGUCACUACUUGGGAGCCUUCAACCUGAUGGAUUCAUUCAGGGGAAAAAAAACAGAAAAAAGAACAAAGGACGGAGGGAGAAAAGUGAAGUGAAUGAUGGCAGAAAUUAAAGUAGACUUGGAAUCAUGAAGUCCUACAUUUUGGAUGUAGUGGUUCAAUUUAGGUCUUGUUUUUUUUUUCUACAGUGUAUAUUCUAUACAUUCAACCACUUGGUCAUAAUCUAGGUUUUACGAUUUGAUUUCUAUUAUGUUUGAUUACCCAGCCAGCCAUCCAUUUUUCAAACCGCUAAUCCUCACUAUGGUCAUGGCCAUGUUGGAGCCUAUCCAAGCUAUCUUUGAGAUUCAGUGUACACUGUACACACUGGUCACCAGCCAAUCGCAGGGCACAUAUAAACAAAUUACCAUUCGCAGUCACAUUCACACCUCUGGACAAUUUAAUUUUGAAUUAACCUACCAUGCAUGUGUUGGGGAUCUGGGAGGAAACCCAUGACACUGAGAAAACAUGCAAAGGCUGGAUUUGAGCUCAGGUCCAAAGAACUGUGACACUAUCAGGGAUUGCUGACCCGUAAUCUACCAUACUGUCAAGUUUGAUUAUAUAACUUCAAUAUAAACAUAAUUUUUAUUGUAUGAUGGAAAUUUGUUUUUGAUGGUAUGUUAAAUGUCCAUAGUCACAGAUUGUUCAGAUUCAACAAGGCCCACAUCAUGUAAUGUAAUUCAUUUCAUCACAUUCAUCACAUUUAUUGUUCAUCUAACUGUUCCUUUUCAUUUCCAUCAAUUUGUCUUUGUCAUUGUUCAUUGUGGUCAUUUUGAAAAGAGAGGUAGUGAAAUCAUACUGUUCGUUGUGUUCUUUGACUAAGGAAAUGCCACGUUACAACUGCCUCCAGUAAUUCCCUCGUGUCAGUAAAAUGCAAAUCAGAAAUAUAUCCAUACUACUAUUCAUGAAUUUAUCCCCGUUAAGUGAAUAUAAAGAUUUUAAAAAUAACGGUCUGUUAAAAUAAAUCUGUGCUGUUCAA